GGCUGAGAUAUCAAUCUUCUCGAAAAACAAUCAUAAUCAUGGCCAUUCACUAUCUCAUCUUGCUGUCGCGGCAGGGUAAAGUUAGACUCGCAAAGUGGUUUACAACAUUAUCGCCAAAGGAGAAGGCGAAGAUUAUCAAAGAUGUCUCUCAGCUUGUGCUGGCACGCAGAACGAGAAUGUGCAAUUUCUUAGAGUACAAAGAUUCGAAAAUAGUUUAUCGACGAUACGCUUCUCUCUUUUUCAUCGCAGGCUGUGCUUCGACAGAUAACGAACUCAUUACUCUGGAAAUUGUUCACCGCUAUGUUGAGCAGAUGGACAAAUACUAUGGAAAUGUCUGCGAGCUGGAUAUCAUUUUUAACUUCCAAAAAGCGUACUUCAUAUUGGAUGAGUUGUUACUAGCGGGCGAAAUGCAGGAGAGUAGUAAGAAGAACGUGCUUAGGGUGAUAUCAGCGCAAGACUCAAUUGAGGAUACGGAGGCCCAAGCAGAGGUGAUGAGCGGACUUAGAGAGAUCGGUCUUGCUUAAAAUCCCUUUUUACAACUGCCGACCUGGAGUUUGGAAUCCAUGUGAAUGGUAUUGGCGUUCUUGUUGGGGUGUUAAACGGAUGGUAAGAUACCCAGGAGGAAUCAUGGGUCAGGUAUGAAUUGCAAAAUGGCGUUUGUAUACUCAAAUAAGUUGAGUGUGGAAUUGAAUGCGCUGAGUUAUUGGAUCA